AUGCCAGGCCGCAGCCUUCCGACCAUUCCGAGCGUCGAAGUCCAGUCGCAUGACAACGAGAAGUCUUGCUAUGUCACCAUAGGCACCAAGGUGUACGAUGUCACAGACUUCCUUGACGGUCACCCGGGCGGGGGCGAGCUCAUCCUCGAGUACGGCGGCAGAGACAUCACAAAGAUCCUAAAAGACGAGAUAUCCCACGCUCACUCAGACUCUGCCUACGAGAUCCUGGAUGAGUGCCUCGUCGGCUUCGUAGCCGGUGAAGAGGUCAUGGACGCUGUCACCAAGAGCAGCAAGCCCUACGAGAUUGUUCCACUGCCUCCAUCUGAGGUAGGCAAAAUCGAGCUUAAGGGUAUGGCCCAGAACCAGGGGCCACUUUACGCUGCUACGGGCAUGUCAACCGCCGAAGAUCUGUCGCGCGAAACGGAUCCCAGCCUGGACUACAAGCAACACAAGUUCCUCGACCUCAAUAGGCCUCUGCUCAUGCAGGUAUGGAAUGGAGGGUUCGAGAAGGACUUCUACCUUGAGCAGGUCCAUCGGCCACGCCACUACAGGGGAGGCGAUUCCGCCCCUUUGUUUGGUAAUUUUUUGGAGCCUCUCAGCAAGACACCUUGGUGGGUGGUUCCGACUCUCUGGUGGCCUGUUAUUGCGGGCGUCACGUACAUUGCUGCUCAAGGCGAUUUGAGCCACACAUCUCUCGCAGGUUACUGGGUCUUUGGCCUUGGUUUCUGGACUAUCAUCGAAUACGUCCUCCACCGAUGCUUGUUCCACCUCGAUGACCACCUCCCUAACAACCGCGCCGCUCUCACCCUACAUUUCCUGCUACACGGUAUCCACCAUUACCUUCCGAUGGACAAGUACAGGCUGGUCAUGCCUCCUACACUGUUUGCAGCGCUCGCAGCACCUUUCUGGAAGUUCGCGCACGCUGUCUUCUUCCACAACUGGUAUGCUGCGACAGCUGCCUACUGCGGCGGUGUUUUCGGCUACACACUGUACGACCUGACUCACUACUUCCUCCACCACCAGAAGCUUCCUCCUUGGUAUCAGGAGCUCAAGAAGUACCACCUCAAGCACCACUUCGCCGAUUACCAGAACGGCUUUGGCGUUACUAGCCGCUUCUGGGACUGGGUCUUUGGCACGGAGCUUGAGGUGGGCGCACCCAAGGUCAUCAAGAGCUCGUAA